AUGUCUGAAUUAUCUGCUACUAGUUUUCCCGAGAAUGCGGUUCCUAAAGCUCCAGAGGAUCCCCUCUUCGGGCUGAUGGCUGCUUAUCGUGCUGAUACUUUUGAUAAGAAGGUUGACUUGGGCAUUGGUGCUUAUAGGACCAACGAUGCAAAACCUUGGGUUCUGCCAGUUGUUAAGAAGGCUGAUGAGAUCCUUCGCAAUGACCCCGCUUUAAACCACGAAUACCUUCCCAUCGCCGGUCUCAACACUUUCACAUCCGCUGCUGCGAAACUUAUGUUAGGAGCUGAUUCUCCAGCUCUCGCCGAUAAACGUGCUUAUUCCAUUCAAGCUAUCUCCGGUACUGGAGCUGUUCAUCUCGGUGCUCUCUUUUUCAAGAAAUUCUACCCCAAUUCUCCAACCGUUUAUUUGAGUAACCCAACAUGGGUAAAUCAUCAUCAAAUCUUCUCCAAUGUUCACCUUCCAGUUGCUACAUAUCCAUACUUCUCAAAAUCUACAAAGGGUUUGGAUUUCGAUGGCAUGAAGAGUACCAUCCAAAAUGCUCCUGAUAAGAGUGUUAUUCUCUUACACGCUUGUGCACAUAACCCCACUGGUGUUGAUCCAACAAAAGACCAAUGGAAAGAACUUGCCGUCCUCCUGAAACAAAAACAACAUUUCCCUUUCUUCGAUUGCGCAUACCAAGGAUUUGCUUCCGGUGAUUUGGCAAAUGAUGCAUGGGCCAUUCGUUAUUUCAUCGAGCAAGGCUUUGAGCUUUGUAUCGCUCAGUCUUUUGCCAAGAAUCUUGGUCUAUAUAGUGAACGUGCCGGAUGUUUCCACUUCGUAACUGGAGCGGCUCCAGACGCGGAACAGACGAUUGGUAGAAUUGCAAGUCAAUUGACCCUUUUACAGAGAUCCGAAAUCUCAACUCCUCCAGCAUAUGGUGCUAGAAUCGCAAGCACAAUCUUAAACGACGAAGCUUUAUUCAAGGAGUGGGAAGAAAACUUAAAGGAAAUGUCCGGAAGAAUCAUGACCAUGCGCAAAGAACUUCGAUCAAAGCUAGAAGAGAUGGGUACACCUGGAAAAUGGAACCAUAUCACUGAUCAAAUCGGCAUGUUUUCAUUCACAGGGUUGACUGAAAAGCAAGUCUUGGAAUUGAGAAGCGAGGCUCAUGUGUAUAUGACGAACAAUGGAAGAAUCAGUAUGGCGGGAUUGAACACGAAUAAUAUUGGUUAUUUUGCACAAGCUGUGGAUAAGGUUGUUAGGAAGACUCAACAGGAGACUGCGAACCUUUAA